CGCCAGUUGCCACAGGAAGAGCGAACGAAGCGAGGGGCGGUAUGGUACCGUAAUGUCUGUAUUGCCGGAGCGCGCCUUUUUCAGCCUCGCCGCCUGAUUGGUAGGCCUCAGCUCACGCCGCUAGACUCGUCCCGCUAUUCCGUCAGGAGAAAGGCGCGCGGUGAUGGCAUCAUCCGAGCAGGCCAGGCCGGCGAGUGAGGGUAAACAAAACGGCCCCCGGUGCUCCUGUCCUGGGUAGAGACGGCCGUGGAGUUCCUCCUAGCCACACCUAGGAUGCGCGAUUCGUUGAGGCGAUUUCGGGUGCCGAGGAGGCGGCGACCGGAAUGAAUGAAUGAACGAGCGGCGGAGGAGGGGGCAUUCUCUUUCCGGCAUAGCAUGUCAAAUCAGCGGACAGCCUCUGCGCUUGAUUGGUGGACCGCAGCACGCGCCGUGGGACUCCUCUCGCCUGGCUGUCGGGGGCGGCUGCGCGAACCACGUCGCGCAGUGAUGACGUCAUCCGAGCGGGUCGAGCCGGCGAAGGGGAGCUAAGCGAAGCGGUGUCUGCACCGCGCCUAGAGAGGUUUGAUGUCGCGGAGAGAGACGGAGCGCAGCCUCUCCUCUGCUCGCCACGCCAGCACGCACGGCCUUAGCUGGGGUGGCAGCAACAACUGGGGUGGGUGAGUGAGGGAAAGGACCGUCUCUUACCGUAAUGGUUGCAUUACAGGAGCGGGUCUUGUCAUCCGCUACCGUAAUGGCCGUAGUAUUCCAGCCCGUGAUAUAUCCUACCUAUUUCUCGUAUGCAGUGCCCGAGAGAAGAGUCGGUUUGCAGUUUGUCUUUACAGAUAACUGUAGUAGAGGCCAGAUGCCUUGAAAAUUACUUUAUAUUCUCCAUUCUUGCCUUGGUGACUGAAGCUGCUAAAAUGCACCAGAAACUCCUGAAGAGUGCUCAUUACAUUGAGCUGGGAAGCUACCAGUACUGGCCUGUUCUGGUACCUCGAGGAAUUCGCCUAUACACUUAUGAACAGAUUCCAGUGUUCCUUAAAGACAAUCCAUAUAUCACAGAUGGCUACAGAGCUUACUUGCCUUCAAGACUGUGUUUAAAAAGCCUGUUCAUUUUAUCCAAUGAGACAGUCAACAUCUGGAGUCAUUUACUGGGCUUCUUCCUCUUCUUCAUUUUGGGCAUAUAUGACAUGAUUUCUGUGUUGCCUUCAGCGAGUGCCUCGAGAGAAGAUUUUGUUAUUUGUUCCAUUUGUCUCUUCUGCUUUCAGGUCUGUAUGCUUUGCUCAGUAGGAUAUCACCUCUUCUGUUGUCAUCGCUCAGAGAAGACUAGCCGACGAUGGAUGGCAUUGGAUUACGCAGGAAUUUCCAUUGGUAUCCUGGGCUGCUAUGUGUCUGGAGUCUUUUAUGCGUUUUACUGCAAUAAUUACUGGCGUCAAGUAUACUUAAUCACUGUGCUUGCAAUGAUCUUGGCAGUCUUCUUUGCUCAGAUCCACCCCAGUUACCUCACUCAGCAGUGGCACAGGCUGCGCUCAGUCAUCUUCUGCUCUGUGUCAGGCUAUGGAAUCAUUCCUACCAUCCACUGGAUUUGGCUCAAUGGAGGUGUUGGUGCAUCUAUUGUGCAGGAAUUUGCUCCCCGUGUGAUUGUGAUGUACUUGAUAGCUCUUAUAGCUUUUCUCUUCUAUAUUUCAAAAGUCCCAGAAAGAUAUUUUCCAGGGCAGUUAAACUACCUCGGCUCUAGCCACCAACUAUGGCAUGUCCUUGCAGUGGUGAUGCUGUACUGGUGGCAUCAAUCUACAGUGUACAUCAUGCAGUACAGACACAGCAAGCCUUGUCCUGACCACAGUGCACCCUAGCACAUGAAGAAUAUAACUGCACUGAAGGUGGGAAGAUGAAUGUCUCUGUUGCGUUCACAAUUCAGGAGCACUGUCCUGAAUGGCUGUGAAUCUGUUCCACGUGCUAGGAAUGGUACAUCAUAGGCGUUCCUGAGACACUAACUAAAUCUCCAGCUUGAACAACUUUCUGUUCAAGGUCUGGACCAUGGAACAGCUGCAAGGUCACUCUGUACUGAGAGAAUAGAACUGGGCCUACAAAAUAUAUGGAUCACUUUUAUUCAUUACUACUGAUAUAAUGAUCAGUUUACUCAGAUAAGCUGAGAACUAGGGAAGUGCUCCCUAAAAUGCAUGCAUGCAAAGUUCCUGCCAUAAAUUCUCAUGUUGGGAUCUGAGAAUCCAUCUUGUGCGCUAUGUUUUUAAGGUGUUCGCUGUGUCCUUACACUAAUGUUGCUGUUGUACCACCUAAAUAUGAACUGAAUUUCUUCACAUGCACACACCCCUUCUCUAAAAGAAUCUUUUUUUAGCUUUCUUCAGUUGUAACUCGUAGCUGUGAAAGAAACUAACCAGUAAUGUUCGUUUCCAGCAAACAUUAAAAUACAAUUCAGAACAGAAGAUACUUGAUUUCUUGAAUAAUCUAGAUGUGCAAGUUUCAAUGGUUUGCUAAUGACACGUCACAUGUUUAUCUCAUGUCAGCUGCUGUUCCUAAAGCUACACCAAAUUGCUUUGAGCCGCCUUUUGUGAGGUCAGUUGCCUGUUGCCAUUUGUCCCAGGCCAGAUGUGCUUAUUGACACUUGCCAGUGAGUGGAUUGGUUAUGUCAAACAGGAGUUCAGAACAAUUUUGUAACUAACUAGGUAAGGUCUGGCUAGCUCAUACUUUGAAAUUCUGGCUACUUCGUGCCAAAUCGGUAUGGGACAAACUGCAAGGUGAAAAUGGGAGAAGUCCUUUAAAAGGUUUCUAAUAGUGGCCAGGGAGGUGGUGAAAGGGCACCUUACUGGCAGCAGUGCCAGUGGGUCCCCCAAACCCUAGUGCUCCCACCCCAUAGUGCCACUGCCACGUGGGUCAUGCUGCUGGGUAAGGUGCCCUCUCAUAGCCUGCCACUGCCCUCAGAAACCUUUUAAAGGCAGGAUUCCCCUUUACAAGCAUCACCCAACAGACCAGGCCUGGUUCGAACUCAGACCGGCCACCUUAUUUUCAAGGCUCUUUUGGUUUGGGUUUGACUGAACCCGGUUCAAUUCAAACCGGUUCUACACACCUCUACUGCAAACCGUAUAGUUCUAGCCCAAUAUUGGCCGAGUCUGUGAUCUUGGAAAAUUAUAGAUGGGCUGAAGCCAAGAUGUUUAUACCUAUAAAAAUGUAUGAGAAACAGGUGUUGUAGGCAAUAGUCUUUGCUGCAGAACACUAAUUUUCUAAACUUAAGUUCAGCAGCAAUUUAAAAAAUUUUUUGCAGCCUUAUACAUGACCUUGGGAGAUGCGCUUCCCUUCCCUUGUGUGUAGAACCUUUUUAAAAAGCAUGAUUGCUGCUGAACUGAUUUCUCAUGAAGCCUCUUCAUUGUUGAGCAGAUUUGGCUAAAAGCUUGCAGACUUGAUUUCUGUAUGGGAAGACCAGAACCAGGGGUUUGCAUUAGCUAACUAAACUGGAUAAAAAUGGCCAUAAUUAGAUCUGACUUGUAUUUGCUAUGUUUGGAAUUAGUCCACAAACCAGGCUCUUUUUCUGUCUCUCAAUUAACCUAGUUUUAAUCCCACCUUUAAAUACUGGAUUUUAAAAAUUGCCCUUUACUUUGCCUUGUAACCACUGAUUAACAGUGGUCGAUGUAGUUACUUUGAAAAUAGUAUCUUUUUGUAGCUUCUCCAACCAUCAACAUAGCCUGUAGAUCCCAAUUCUACAAUCAUUUGUCCUUCUCUUGAGGGGUGGGGCGGGGGGAAGGCUUUGAUGGUUGUUGGCUUGUUAAACACCUUAGAGCUGUGAAUGCUUUGUAUUCUGGAACUAGACUGACUUGGUUUUAAAUGGGAGCAAGAUUUAAAAUUAAGUUGAAAUUAACCCUAGAUUAAAUGUUGUGAACAGAGUCUGAAGAGUAUGUUCUAUCUGCCAUAGGUUUACCUUAAUGGACAAUGUAGCUAAAGUGUAGCAGAAUUUUUUUUUUAAUUGGGUCAUAAUUAAAGAAGACCUAGGCUUGUAUGGAUGGCCUGCCUCUUAAACUUGGUCACCUUCAUAGGUAGCAUCAACUUGUCAAUUGAGCAAAUGCAUACCAAUAUCUGCUACCAGAGCCUCAUUUAAAAUUGGACACUGUAAACCUACAAGGAGCAUUGGUUUAGAUGACACAGCCAUGAUCUGUCAGUGGAUUAAAGCUGUUUAGAUGGUUUUAAAAAACACACACCUUAAAUGGGCACAAGUGUCAAGUUUAACUACAUGCAUAAAAAUCCUUUAUUACCACUUGAAUGCAAUUUAAUCUAGUUGUAUGGUAUACAAUAUAUAAAUAUAGCCUCUGUAAAUAAAGAGUUUAUGUAAUAUGUA